CCUCCUCCUCUUCCAGCAGAACAUCGGAUUGGCGUGGCUAUCCACACGAGACAAACAUGGUAAGCUCAAUCUAGCCAUCUCAUUCUGAGCUUCUCCUUCGUUUUCCUCGCUCUUCCCGCAGGAACGAGCGCGGUUGACCUCCACAAUCAUCAUCGGUAAGCCCUUCCCAAUGCCGUCCAUUGCACUCGAUUGCCGAUUAAUGAUUGGUGGAACAGCUCCCUUCUCAGUUUUUCUACCCCCAGACAUCUGCCGUGAAUAUAAGCUCCUCGAUAACUCGAUUGCUCUAAUCUGCACCGAAUUUUCAGUGGGAAGAGCAUCUCAUAUAUGCUGUCUUCAUGUUAUCAGGUUUAAUUUGUUCUUGCGGACCAUGGACGACGGGGACAUAGAUUUCACCAAUCCGGAGACGUACCUUUGCCCGGCCAUGGGCACCGAUCCCCACGACAGCUGCUCCAUAUCCAUGGACAGCUACUUCCACGACAUUCUCAAAGACACGGAGACCGAGCAUCUCGCAUGUACUCACAGUCACACCCACGCUUGCUGCAACCCGCUUGUACGCAAUGACCUUGCCCACCACACCCAGACCUGCGUCCAUGUCCACACCAAGAUCCUCUGGGAGGAGUCGGACGAUGUCGCCCAGACCUCGGAGUCGCCGCAAGAGACCGACGGCCCAAAGAAGCAGCGCCCGCCGGGUAACCGGGCAGCUGUGAGGAAGUACCGUGAGAAGAAGAAGGCCCGCACGACGUUGCUGGAGGAAGAGGUGGCUCGUCUCAAGGCUCUAAACAAGCAGCUCCUCAGGAGGCUACAGAGUCACUCGGCGCUUGAGGCUGAGGUUUCCAGGCUCCGCUGCCUGCUUGUCGACAUUAGAGGGAGGAUCGAAGGAGAGCUCGGUGCUUUCCCUUACCAGCGGCCUGUGAAAAACAACGAUUCGGCUGACCAGGGAAGUUUCCUUGGUGGCAGGGGCGGAGCUACAGGGUGGCCAGGGUGGGCCGCGGCCCACCCUGAGAUUUUGACCCGGCCUAUAUAUACCUAUACCUAUAUGGAGAUGGGCAGAGCCGAGUGGUUUCCCUCACGCUAGGGUUUUCUUUCUCUCAAGGACGACUACGCCGUCGUUGAGGUUUUGACUUCCCUGCCGCCGGUUUCCUUCCUGCCUCUGACUAUCAAGGCUGAGGGGCGAUCACUGGUCGCUUC